ACCCCAUGAACUUCAAAAGAGCUACAAAUCAAACGCUAACGCAAUAACAAUACCACACCAUUAUAACUGCUAUCUGUACAUAUUUUACAAUUAUCGUGUUACAUCAAAACUUUAAUGCAAUAAUUUAGUCCGUAUAAAUGCUUCCAUUUCGUUUCCUUAGCGUUUUCUCUUGAAAUGAGCUCUUACGUAGCCAACUCGUUGUUUAAGCAAACUCACGAUGAGUCAGCCUUCGCUUUGCACAACCAUGGCUACCGAUCUAAACCCGAACUCAACGUGUCCGGCUACAGUGGUUAUGGAGGGCAUGAUCACCGCGGGUCAUUUGCGUCCCCACCGUCCUCGAGCUCCAUUGGCAUGGGAGAGAUGAACGCUGUGCUGCGUGGCAAUCCUGGUGACCUUACACCACGGCCAGAGUCUUCUACAGAAGACGCUACCCAGAGACGCAUCAUGAACGAGCAGACAAGCGGCCAGGGAUCUCUAAAUCUCGGACUGUAUCGUCGAAAACCCGUGAUGGACUCAGAUUUGUGCGAAAUGCCCAUCCGCAAGACACAAACAGGAGAGAUCAAAGUCGGAACUUUGCAACCCGUGCAGCCAGUAAGACAAGCAAACCAUUCGACUCAGCCACAAACCAGCGAACAGCAACCACAAAUAUAUCCCUGGAUGACUAAACUACACAUGGGUCACGAGGCUGACGGCAAAAGGUCAAGGACGAGUUACACACGCUACCAAACUCUGGAGUUGGAGAAAGAGUUCCAUUUCAACCGGUAUCUGACGCGUCGUAGGCGCAUCGAGAUCGCCCAUACGCUAUGUCUGAAUGAGAGGCAAAUCAAAAUCUGGUUCCAGAACCGCCGAAUGAAGUGGAAGAAGGACUCAAAGCUUAAAAUUAAAGAGUCCAUCUAAAACAGGGGGCCAUUUUCAAACGUUAUCAACGUUUCUGUUUGAGAUGACAUUCAAAGACUCAUCACCACCCAUGUUUCCAAACAGUGACUUUUCAGUGUGAUAAUAAUGAACAUUCUUCAAUUAUGGAUCUGAUUAUGUAAUAUAUCUGUCAUUUUGUUUGAAUAUUGUACUGUUUUAUUUUAUAUCUUGUAAUAUGAACUUGUGCAGCAAAGUCUUAUAGAACUUGUGAGAAUGUAAACGCUUGAAAUAGAUUAAGUAUAGAAAAUGCUACUUUAAUAAUUUUAACGUUUCAUCCCUUCCCUUCUUUUUCCUUAAAUUAUUUUAAAGUUGAAAGUUAUUGAUAUUAUCGUAUUACUACUGUACUAUCACCAUUGUUUUCUUCGUGUGAGUUUCCUAUUAAUUUAUUUAAAAAACAACCAUGAAAGGUAAAUUCCUUGUAGGUUAGCCUACUCUUCAAACUCCUUGUGUAUUUCUGUUUCUUUUUUUAACAGGCCCGUUUAAACAACCAGGGAUAUUAAGAUGUAACAGACACAUUUUAGUAAAUUGCGGGGGCUAUAUCAUUCUCAGUGAUGAUAUUGUAUUUGAAAUAUUCCACAUAAAAUUGUUGAUUUUGGCAACAGUGUCGUGAGAACAGUGAGAUACUCAUACAAUCUAAAUAGUUUCGAUAAAACAUUAAACCUUAUUAUACAUUUCGUAGUUAACAUCUAUAUUGUGAAUGGUUUCCUCAUAUGAAGGGUCUAUUGUAUUACAUAACUUGCCAGUAGGCAGGAGAAACAUAUUUGGGGGAUUUUGGGUUGAUUGUUGACUAAGAUCGGACUCAAUGUGCCAAGUAUGAUAAUGGGAUUCGUUUUUUUAACCUCAGCAUUACAUUUGUGACAAAUCAUUAUUAACAAUUUAGAAUAUUGUGUAAAACACGAAAAAUGCAUGUAAUAGCGGAUUUCUGCUGAGAAUUGGGCAAUACAUAUCCUAAAUUUCCUGCAAAUGUCCCAUUAUUUGGGAACAUAGAAAAAUAAAAAGACAACCUGUAGCCUAUAACUUAUGUAAUGUGUAAAUGAUGUUCAAUUCAAUAAUUAUUCAUUAUCAAUAUAUACAUUUGCCCAAUGUUUUAAAAUGAAGAACACAGAACAGGUAGCCUCUCCAACUAAGGUGAGAUUUUGAGUUCACAUAUAUGUUGUCAUGAGGCAGGAAGGAGGCUCCUCCACAAUGAGUAGCUAACAAUUAAACAAUUUCCUUCUCACCCUCGUUUCCAGCGGCUGCCACAAAACAGUGUCAUAACAACCUUUUCUCAUAUUCUGCAUGGUUAUAAUUGCUCACAAAUAAAACUUUGAAGGCCUUGUAGGUAAAAUGAUUUCACAUAUUACAGUUCACAUUUUCUUGACAAAGUCCUGUUUCACUUUGUGGAAAUAAUAAUCUAUUAAGUGGUAGAAUGGAGGAUGAUCCUCUGGAACGAAAUGCACUUAUUAUUUAAUGGCCUAUUCAUUCAUCUAGAACAGUUAGCAUCAUGGUAUAGCCUAGAUUUAAAAUUGCUCACAUUGAUUAGAUAGCUGAAGUUUUGUCUUUGAAGUGGACUGAACUCUUCAGAAGAAAGGCUUUCGUGAAUGUUUGUGUUUUAAAGAAUGAAAUAAAGAUGGCUGAAU